AUGUCCUCCUUCUCUGAGUCGGCGCUGGAGAAGAAGCUCUCCGAGCUGAGCAACUCUCAGCAGAGCGUGCAGACCCUGUCCCUUUGGCUCAUCCACCACCGCAAGCACGCGGGACCCAUCGUCUCCGUGUGGCACCGCGAGCUCCGCAAAGCCAAAUCAAAUAGAAAGCUUACUUUUCUGUAUUUAGCGAAUGAUGUCAUCCAAAACAGUAAAAGGAAAGGACCUGAAUUCACUAGAGAAUUUGAAUCUGUCCUUGUGGAUGCUUUUUCUCAUGUUGCCAGAGAGGCAGAUGAAGGCUGUAAAAAACCUUUAGAAAGAUUGCUGAACAUCUGGCAAGAACGAAGUGUGUAUGGCGGCGAGUUCAUACAGCAGCUGAAGCUGUCUAUGGAGGACUCCAAGAGCCCUCCCCCCAAAGCAACAGAAGAGAAGAAAUCUCUGAAACGAACUUUUCAGCAAAUUCAAGAGGAGGAGGAUGACGACUACCCUGGCAGCUACUCUCCUCAGGAUCCUUCUGCAGGACCCCUCUUGACUGAGGAACUAAUCAAAGCUUUGCAGGAUCUGGAAAAUGCCGCAUCAGGGGAUGCUACUGUCCGACAGAAAAUUGCUUCUCUGCCCCAGGAAGUGCAAGAUGUUUCUCUAUUGGAAAAAAUAACAGACAAAGAGGCAGCCGAACGUCUUUCAAAAACAGUAGAUGAAGCAUGUCUGUUACUAGCAGAAUAUAACGGGCGCCUGGCGGCAGAACUGGAGGACCGUCGCCAGCUGGCUCGGAUGUUGGUGGAGUAUACCCAGAAUCAGAAAGAUGUUUUGUCGGAGAAGGAGAAAAAACUAGAGGGUGUCAUGAUUGACUUUGGCCUAUGAUGUUGGCCCUUAAACACCAGGCAAGGGUGGAAGGAAUGCUGCUGAAAAUCUGUGGGUAAUGUUUUUGUCAUGAACAUGAGAAAACCUAGAAAUGGAGAAGGCACGUGGAAGGAAGCACAAAUGGCAGCCCAAAGAGGAGGUUAGAGAAUGCGGAGGGUAUAGAAGAAAGCCCAUGCAGAAAGGCAAAGGCCAAAGAUACCAGAAAAGCCUUCCAGCUUCACUUCCAGAGCAAAGAGAAGCUUUGUUUGUGGUUAACAGAGGUGACUGCAUUACUCCCAGAUGUCUGCUCAAAGCUCAUAAGACAUAGCGUGAGUGGGUUGGAUAGGGUUCCUGUCUUGUCAGUGUGAAUAAAGCAUGAUACAGACAUGUUCUGUUUGCAUGAUCAGUGCAUGUGGAAGAGUGUGUGUGUGAGAAAGAAACCUAUUUGUCCAAGUAUUAAGGAAAGAAAAAAGGUCAGGAACCUGCAGUUUUACCUUCUUAACUGUGAUUUUUUUUUUUUUUUUUGAGACAGACUCUUGCUCUGUUGCCCAGGGCUAGAGUGCAGUAGAGCAAUCUGAGCUCACUGCCUCCCGGGUUCAAGCGAUUCUCGUGCCUCAGCCUCCCGAGUAAGCUGGGACUACAGGUGCAUGCCACCACACCCAGCUAAUUUUUGUAUUUUUAGUAGAGAUGGGGUUUUGCCAUGUUGGGCAGGCUGGUCUCGAACUCCUGAUCUCAGGUGAUCCACCUGCCUUGGCCUCCCAAAGUGUUGGAAUUACAGGCAUGCGCCUCCAUGCCUGGCCUUAACUGUGAAUUUUAUUCAGAUCAUGGUAUCUGACUGUCAGUGAUCUAGAACUGAAAGGAGAUAGUCCUGUGUUGACCCACAUGCCACAUGGUGCACACACACAAAGAUGAUAUGCCACACAGGGAAGAGCUCUUGAGAAAUUUGUUCCAAGCUGCAGAUUUAUUGUUUUAGUUGAGGUGAAAUUCAUAUAACGUAAAUUAACCAUGCACUUCAAAGUGCACACAUUUUGGUGGCAUUUAGUACGUUCACAGUAUUGUAUCAAGUUCCAAAACAUAAUUGUGUCUGGCUUCUUUCACUUAGCACGAUGUUUUCAAGAUUCAUCCCAUGUUGUAGCAUAUAUCAGUACUUCAUCUCUUUUAUGGUAGAACACUAAUCUGUUGUAUGGAUGUGACACAAUUUAUAACCUGUCUAUGGACAUUUGAGUUGUUUCCACCUUUUGGCUCUUAUGAAUAGUGUUGCUAUAAACAGUCAUGUGGAGGUUUUUGUGUGGCCAUAUCUUUUCAUUUCUCUUGGUUAUGUAUAAAUCUAGGAGUGGAAUUGCUGGGUCAUAUGGUAAUUCUAUGUUUAACAUUUUGAGGAACCAUCAGACUGUUUUCCACAGCAGCUACAUCAUUUUACAUCCCCACUAGCAAUGUGCGUGGGUUCCAGUUUCUCCACAUCCUCAUCAACAUUUGUUAUUGUCUCUUUAUUUUCGACAACCUACAUGUGCAGGUUUAUCUCAUUGUGAUUUUGAUUUGCAUUUUGCUAAUUACUAACGAUACUGAUCAUCUUUCAGUAUGCUUGUCGGCUGUUUAUGUAUCUUUGGAGAAAUGUGUGUUCAAUUCCUUUGCCCAUUUUCAAAUUGGGUUAUUUGCUUUUUUUGAGUUGUAAAAGUUCUUUAUAUAUUGUGGAUAAUAUACCUUUAUCACAUAAAUGAUUUGCAACUAUUUUCUCCUAUAAGUUGUCUUUUCACUUUCUAGGUAAUAUCCUUUGAUGUGCAAAAGUUUUUUAUUUUUAUGAGUUCCAGUUCAUCUAUUUUUGUUGUUGUUGCUCAUGCUUUUGGUGUCACAUGUAAUAAUCUGUUGCCAAUCCCAGGUCAUGACAAUUUUUUUCUGUGUUUUCUUCUAGGAGUUUUAUAAUUUUAUGUCUUAAAUUUACGUUCUUAAUCUGUUUUGAGUUAGUUUUUGUAUGUGGUGUGAUGUAGGGGGGGGACCAACUUCAUUCUUUUGCCUGUAGAUAUCCAUUUGUCCCAGCACCAUUUGUUGAAGAGACUACUCUUUUCCUCCACCUGAAUGCCCAGCACCCUUGUCGAAAAUCAAUUGGCCACCGAUGUAUUGGUUUAUUUCUGGAUUCUCAAUUCUAUUCCAUUAAUGUAUAUGUCUAUCCUAUGCUCAUACCACACUAUCUCCAUCACUGUAGUUUUGUAGUAAGUUUUAAAAUCAGUAAGUAUGAGUCCUCAGAGUUCUUUUUCAGUAUUGUUUUGGCUAUUUAGGAUCGCUUGCAGUUCCCUAUGAAUUUAACAAUCACCUUUUCCAUUUCUGCAAAAAAGGUAAUUGAAGUUUUACUAGGGAAUGCAUUGAGUCUGCGGGUCACUUUGGGGAGUAUUGCCAUUUUAGCAAUCUUAAGUGUUUCAGCUCAUGAACAGGGGAUGUCUUCACAUUUAUUUAAGUCUUCAGUUUCUGCUGCAGAAUUUUAAAAAGCACUCUAGGAGAGUGUCAUUUACUGAUGCAUUUGAUAUUAUAAAGGCCCUGUCUAGGUUUUGGGACCACAGAUGGAGGGCGGUGGUAUCACCUUUCAAUAGUGUUAACCCCCACCUCUAGAAGAUAUGAGUAUUUUAUGUAUGGACUCAACAGAGUCACCAAGGCACAGUCACAACAGCAGCUUUACAAAGUAAAGUGACACAUAGAGGCCUGGAUAUCUAAGUAAAGUGAUUGGCAGGAUUAUUGAGCUGGACAGAACCUUAGAGAUCAUAUAAUCAGACUUCUGAAUUGGUGAAGAAACCUAGAGAGAGAGUUAGCUGCAGACCAGCAUAGAGUCCAAGGCAGACAUCUGGUAACUUCAUCAGAUUUGUACUUUUCUUUUGAUUUCAGAAUUUUGAUUCUGCAACAUCAACAGCAGGAAGACAUCUUACACAGAAUAGUAGCCAAAGUUUAAUCAUUGAAACAAUUCCUAAGAAUCUUGUUGUAGAGAAAUGACAUUUUAUGUGGGGUCAUAAAAUGAUUGCAUGAAAGCAUUCUAAGUGUGAAAGAACCUAGUCUGCCACCAAGGUUCUAAGUACCUGCCUCGCUGUACCCAUGCUCAUGCUCUUGCUCUGAUAGGAGGGGAGAAAUUGGCUCAUGAACUUAAAGCUGCUGGUGUUUCUCCUCGCUUGGCACCUCCCCCUUGGCUGUAAUGACUACUCAGGAGUAGAGCCUCUGACUUCAGACAACACAGCUGGGAAGGGGGAAAUGGUUCAGAAUCCAACAUUGCCUUAUGACUCUUCAUAUUUCUGUUUGAUUGUGGUUAUAACAACUUGAGAAAUUCUUUGGCUACAGUUGAAGGGGUGCUAAACCAAAAUGAUGGCAGAUUGUUGUUUUUGGCAGCACCUCCCUGCAGGGUGCAGAUGGUUAGAAGCUUUUGUUUCAAUAUUAGGCCAGGCAGUAGGGGGAGAUAGAGAGCUCCUUUUUUGUCAACUUUGGAGUAAAUUCGUCUUUCCUAUGAUGAUCAAAGCCAGUAUCUCAGUGUCCUAUUAUGGUAAGGACAGAUGGGAGCCGGUGAUCUAAUCGUCAUUUUAGGUAAGAGCCCUUGGGUUUAUUUGAACACUUCAGGGUCACAGAGGAAGCCAGUGAGGACCAGUACCUGGAUCUUCUGACUCCUAACUACAGUGAUCAUCCACUGUGUUCUCCUGGGAGCUGAGAGGCCCUGCCUAGUGCUGGCCCCCUCCUCUCAGUCCUCUAAACUCACUGCCCUUCUGUAGUAUUCAGGUCUGUCCUCCCUAGGCUGGCAGCUCUGUCAGCACCCAGGUUGUUAGAAUAGUUGAAACAGGUCAUUCUGCUGCCAAGUAAUUACGGGGCCUUGCACUCAGUCCCUUCCCACGAAGCAGGCCAUAGUGUGCUUACUGCUCUCCCUUGCCUUUCCAUCCCCUACUUUGAUGUGGGAGUUUUCUUUCUUUUUACUUUUCUUUUCUUUUCUUUUUGUCCGCCAGUUUCCCUCCAAUAUGUGAGGACUUUUAUUGAGUUGAUGUGUGGGCUUCUGUGAGUGAUUUGGAGUUCCUUGGAUUUCUUUUAUUCAUUUUAGUCUACUGACCCUACUGCUCAGGCCCAGUUUACAGCUGGAGCUUUUAUCUGUUGGGUGUGUGUGUGUUUCUUUAUUACAAUGUGAAACCUAUGAUACUUAUUUUUCACUCCAGGAAAAUAAUGCCACAUUAUAAUGUACUUCACAUACUUAGUGACUUAAGAACAUGAUUUGCCAACAUUUGAGACUUUGAGACUUUACAUUGAAAAAGUGACAUGGUUUUAAGGCUUUCCCAGCAAGAAUUCAUGCCUUUAGCCAUAGUACCGUUUUCAUAUUUGUAGCCCAACUUCUGUGGGCAGUGUAACCCCUGCUUGAUGGAACAGUGCCACUGAGUUUCAGCUGGUAUAUGUAGCACUAAUUUUUCAUAUUUAUGAAAUGCAUAUAAUAUGAAGUUAAAACAGCACCUGGGCCUCUUAUUACUCCUGCCUGCCAGAACAUUCACUCUGAUUCAACUAGUACUCAGGGUUUUUGUUUUUGUUUUCUUUUUUUGAUUGUAAAAGUAAUACAUCAGAGGAAACUUAGCAAAUAAGUAUAAAGAAUAAAAUUAGUCUCAUUACCCAGAGAUAACUAUUUUUAAUUUUUGCGUAUUUCCUUUUCCUCUUAGUUUAAAAUUAAACUGAAUGAUAACUUGCAGAUAAUUUUCUGUCAUGCUUUUUUCUUAACAUGAUUAUUUUUCCUUGUAAAUAAAAACUUUAUAAACAUUGUAAAUGAUUGCUUGAAUACCUGUGGUUGGAUAGUCAGUGAUUAUUUGUAUUGAGCACUUGUAUGUUUCUGUCUCUGUCUCUUAGCUUUAGGCUAACUUUCAGUAUUUGGAUUAUUUUCUUCCUGUAGAUUUCUAGAAGUGGUUCUAUGUAUAUGUGCAGAUGUCUGCUUGUCUUUUAGGUAUACUGAAGGUCAUAUACAUUUCACAGUCUCUGCUACCAGAAUGCGUUCCUGCUGUAGGAGUUCUUGUCUUUUCCAAAGCAUCUUAACCAGUCUAAGACUUCAUUGAGCUUAUUUUGUAUAAACCUCUAUACAAGUUAAGGAUUAGUCUUUUGUUUUAUGAAGGAGUAAACACAGAAUAGUUUAAUUAGACUAAUGGAGCUCUCUCCUGGCUUUUAAAUGAUCUUGUUUACAUUUGAGACAGCUGUGUGAAAAUAGCACAUACUUCUACUAUAACAUUGACUUGAGUGAGCAUAAUUUUGAGAGCAAGGUUCAGAUUGCAGAAAUUUGAGCUGCCUAUUUGACCUAGUGGGUGCAAGUUAUUUUGAGCAAGGUUCUAUUUUAGUCUUUAUGAAUGUUCCUACUACUGUUAAGGUGGGCCUUCUACUCCCACUUAAAAUUGGGAUUCUGAAGAAAGUUAAAAUUGGAUUGUGGCAUACUUUGCAAUCUUGGAAGUUAAUCUCUGACUUUGUUUUUCUGUCUCUAAAAUGUUAGACUUGAAAUAGAUCAGAAAGAGUCAUUUUCUGAGAUCAGGGCAAAGUAUUCUGGUUAUAAUCAGGAGUCAAGUGAAACCUUUGCAGAUGAAAGCCAUGAGCCCCAAAGAUAUGGCAUGCUUUAUGUGAAGAGGAUGGUACUAGCCAGCUGUCAUGAUGGCUGUGCAAGCCUCCUUAUUUGUUUUUUUCCUUAUUGAGGUCCUUUAUCUUUAAACAUCUGUAGGAAGAAGUAUGAUUAGCUCUCUUUGCCUAAUUCUGCCAGUAGCUACUUUGAGAAUUUCAAGCACAAUAACUUCGCAAACUUCAACUCAACAAAAAUUUACCAGCAGCCUUUCUGAGAAUUAUUGGGGUUUGGACAGUAAUCAUGAAUGGACAAAUCCCACUUUUACUCAUGAUGUCCUUUUCCCAGUCCUUUCCUUUUGCUCACAGUGUGUCUGUUCUGUGGGGCAUAGACUCAGUAGGAAUUGUUCCCUUUAAGAUACCAUUGACCCCAAUUAAUGGUGCAGUGAUGAUGAUCUGCUUUGCAUAUUCCAGGUUCUUUUUGGCUUUUUCCAUUGAAGCCAGUGGUCCUCCCAGCGUUUUAUCUUUGAUGUGGCUUUUCAUUGAUAAAGUAACAAUUUACCUUCCUGGGACAACAGAUUCCAACACCUUAACUAAUCUGAAGUUGUUAGCUUCCGCCUUCCCUUGUCACAUGGGACCUUUAGGGCCAAUUUAUUUUCCUGCCCAUAUGAGAAGUCUCCAGUAAACUAGCUGAAGGUCCUCAGCAUGUAGCAUGCUUUGUCUGUCCAGUGUUUAAAAGAAAUCAUCACAUUCACAUGAGCAUACCCCUGCACCACCCUCCCUUUAUAACUGCCACCAUAUCCACUUCCCUUGCUGCCUCUGCUUCUCAGCCUGUUGCAGCUUGGCAUGCAUGUCUACAUUCCACCCAAGUGGCUGUCUUCAGAAUUUCCCCCCUUCCCCCCACCCCUGCCCCCAGUGGUCUAAUCUCAAAACCCAAAAGGUACUUCUUAGUCUCUGCCUCUUGGCUCCCUUUCUCUUUUUGGCCCUGUCUGCAGCAUUUAAUAUUACUGUAUUACAAUGUGUUUGCAUUUCUGGUUUCUGUGUACCACCCUCUGCUGGUUCUUCUGCUUUUUCAUCCUUCAAUAAGCUUUUCUCCAUGCCUUUAUUGUAAAUGUUGCCAUUCCUUUAGCCUUUUCUCAUUCUGGACCUUUUUUUUUUUUUUUGAGAUGGAGUCUCGCUGUUGCCCAGGCUGUAGUGCAGUGGCGCGAUCUGGACUCACUGCAACCUCCCACCUCCUGACUUCAAGCAAUUCUUCUGCCUCAGCCUCCUGAGUAGUUGGGAUUACAGGCACCCACCACCACGCCCAGCUAAUUUUUGUAUUUUUAGUAGAGACGGGGUUUCACCAUGUUGACCAGGCGAGUCUUGAACUCAUGACCUCAGGAGAUCCACCCGCCUCAGCCUCCCAAAGUGCUGGGAUUACAGACAUGAGCCACUGCACCAGGCCUGGACCUUUUCCUUGAGUGCUUUAUACUUAGGCUGGCUUCAGUUACCAACUGGAUGUUGAUGGCCUACCUCUAGAUCUCUAGGUCAGACCUCUUCCUUGUACUUCAGACUCAUGUAUCUCAUUUCUACAGACACCUCAGAAAGUAUGGCUGCGACAGACUGUCUCCUUCCUUCUGACCUCUCCUUUCCUUCUCUUUCCUUGGCUUGGAGAGUGGCAGUGCCAUCCAUCAAAAUCAGACACUAGGCCUCAUCCAGUGUUUCUCCUGAUUUUUUUCAGCUCCCAAAUCUGUUGCUUUGGCCUCCUUGUCACAGCCUCUCCUUCAGUUCCUCUGCUAUGCCUCUGCCAGGUUGACCUCCCACCACCAUCUUCCAUAGCUGAGUAGGUGCUACGCCAGUGUGGUUUUUGCUCCCUCUCAAUUUUUCGUGAAUCUGCCUCCCUUCUCUGCGUCUUUGUCUCCACUUCCAUCACCUUAGUCCACUCUGUCAUCAUCUGUCCCCCCCUGGAUCCUUGCAGUAGCCUCAUGACUGAUCAUCUACAUCUGCUCUUAGGCCCUGUAAUCCAUUCUUCACAUGGCAGCCCUAUGAUGUGUUCAGAAUGCAGCUCUGAGCAUGUCAUUCCCCUGUUUAAACAUUUAAGUAGCUUCUCAUUAUUCCUAGUUCUUGGAAUAUGGGCCCAGUGGCCAGGUGUGGUGGUUCACGCCUGUAAUCCCAGCACUUUGGGAGGUUGAGGCAGGCGGAUCACUUGAGUCCAAGAGUUUGAGACCAUCCUGAGCUACAUGGCAAAACCCCGUCUCUAUCAAAAAUUAAAAAAUUAGCUGGGCAUGGUGGUUCAUGCCCAGCUACUGGGGAAGCUGAGGCAGGAGGAUCACUUGAGCCCAGGAGGCGAAGGCUGCAAUGAGCCAUGAUCGUGCCACUGCACUUCAGCCUGGGCGACAGAGUGCAGGCUGUCUCAAAAAAAAAAAAAAAAAAAAAAAAGACUAUGGGCCCAACUGCUGGCCUGGCCCCCUCCUGCGCCCUAUGACUUGGCCCCUGCUGACUUCCUCAGCCACAUCUCUUGUUGUGUCCCAUGGCAUUUUGUCUGCACUUGGCCUUCUUUGAUCUCAGGCUUUACAUAUGCUGUUCCCACUCUCUGCCCAGGACACACUUCCCCUUGUUUACUUUCCAUCAGUUAUACUUACCUAGUUAAUUCCUGUGUGCACCAUUUGUAUCUCAUGUCAAACAGUAUUUUCUCAGGGCAGUCUUUCCUCAGACCCCACCCCAACCCCCCAGCCCCAUACACUGUCUUAUCUCCCUAGCUUUUUCCUUCAGAGCACCACAUAGGUUGUCAGUCUGUUUGUGGAUUAUUACCAGACCAUAAAGUUCUGUCUGUAUUGUCACUCAGGCAUGUCCAACCCACUCCUGAUACUUGGCCCACUGUCCUGAUCUCAGAGUGGCAAGUACCGAUGUCACUUGGUUCAUCUCUAGACAAGGUCGGUGUCUGCCUUUGAUGGGGACUCUUUCCAGUCUGAGGAUGUUGCUCGAUGGACUUCUUCUCACUAAGCCUAUAGCUUGAUGGACUGACUGGACUGUGGUACCACCAAGUUUAAAAAUUCUGUGAUUUUUUUUGUUUUCCAAUAUUACAGGUAGACCUUUAAGGAAAAAGAGGUGCCCUCAGUCAAAGAUCCUUUCCUUUUCUCAAGGCAGCUUCUAGUAAAUGUGCUAAAUUUUAAGGAUAUAAUCAAAUGGUUUCUGGGAGAAAGGAUCUUGUAUCCCAUUAAUAAUUCUUUUUCUUCAACUCUGCAUGUCUUUUCUUGACAUAUUAUAAAUCAGGAAGAUUAAGUAUUGCUCAUAAAAUAAUAGAAUAUGGGAGGGGUGAGUGUUCUUUCUCCAUCAGAUCUGUUGAUUCAAAUGGAACAGUUUAGCAAGUCCCUGUUCUCACCCAAGCUUCCCCCACGCCAUAGGCGUUGUUUUCAUUCCCAUCUCAUAUAUAGGAGCCCAGUGAGUUUGUCACAUGUUAUAUCCUAGGCACAUGGAAGUGUAGGAUAGGAACUUGGAUUUUCUUUUUUUUUUUUUUUCUUUCCAACUUUUAUUUAUUUUAUUCAGGGGGUUCAGGUUUGUUAACAUGGGUACAUUGUGUGUCACAGGUAUUCGGCGUACAGAUAAUUUUGUCAUCCAGGUAAUUGGCAUUGUACCUGAUAGGUAGUUUUUCAGUCCUCACCCUCCUCCCAUCCUCCACCCUCAAGUAGUCCCGGGUGUCUUAUUUUUCCCUUCUUUGUGUUCAUGUGUUCUCAAUGUUUAGCUCCCAACUUAUAAGUGAGAACAUACGGUAUUUGGUUUGCCUCAUCCAUGUUGCAGCAGAGGACGUGAUCUCAUUCCUUUUUAUGGCUGCAUAGUAUUCCAUGGUAUAUAUGUACUCAUUUUCUUUAUCCAGUCUACUGUGGAUGGGCAUCUAGGUUGAUUCCAUGUCUUUACUAUUGUGAAUAGUGCUGUGAUGAACUUAGGCAUGCAUGUGUCUUUAUGGUAGAAUAAUUUAUAUUCCUUUGGUUAUAUACCCAGUAUUGGGAUUGCUGAGUUGAAUGGUUGUUCUGUUUUAAGUUCUUUGAGAAAUCUCCAGACUGCUUUCCACAGUAGCUGAACUAAUGUACAUUCUCACUAGCCCUUUAUAAGUGUUCCUUUUUCCCCACAACCUCCCCAGCAUCUGUUAUUUCUUGACUCUUUAAUAGCCAUUCUGAUUGGUAUGAGAUGGUAUCUCAUUGUGGUUUUGAUUUGCAUUUCUCUAAUGAUUAGUGAUACUGAGCUUUUUAAAUAUGCUUGUUGGCUGCAUGUAUGUCUUCUUUUGAAAAGUGUCAGUUUGUGUCCUUUACCUAUUUUUAAUGGGGUUUUUUGUUACUUGCUUAUUGACUUAAGUUCCUCAUAGAUUGUAGAUAUUAGGCCUUUGAUGGUGGCAUGGUUUGCAAAUAUUUUCUCCCAUUCUGUAAGUUGUCUUUUUGCUCUGUUGAUAGUUUCUUUUGCUGUGUAGAAGCUCUUUAGUUUAAUUAGAUUUUACUUUUCAAUUUGUUUUUGUUGUAGUUACUUUUGGAGUCUUUGCCAGGGCCGGUGUCCGGCAUGGUAUUUCCUAGGUUUUCUCCCAGGGUCUUUGUAGUUGGAGGUUUUACAUUAAGUCUUUGAUCCACUUUGAGUUGGUUUUUAUAUAUGGUAAAAGGAAUGGGUCCAGUUUUAAUCUUCUGCAUAUGGAUAGCCAGCUAUCCCAGCACCAUUUAUUGAAUAGGGAAUACUUUCCCCAUUGCUUGUUAUCAUCAGCUUUGUCAAAGAUCAGAUUCUUGUAGGUGUACAGCUUUAUUUAUUUAUUUUAUUUUAUUUUAUUUUAUUUUGAGUCUUGAGUCUCUCUUUGUCUCCCGGGCUGGAGUGCAGUGGCGCAAUCUUGGCUCGCUGCAACCUCCGCCUCCCAGAUUUGAGCAGUUCUCCUGCCUCAGCCUCCCGGGUAGCUGGGAUUACAGGCAUGCAUCACCACGCCUGGCUUAUUUUGUAUUUUUAGUAGAGAUAGGGUUUCCCCAUGUUGGCCAGCCUGGUCUCGAACUCCUUACCUCAGGUGCUCCACCUGCCUCAGCCUCCCAAAGUGCUGGGAUUAUAGGCAUGAGCCACCGUGCCCGGCCAGUGUACAGCUUUAUUUCUGAGUUCUCUACCAUGUUCCAUUGGUCUUUGUAUCUGUUUUUGUACCAUUUCCAUGCUGUUUUAGUUACUGUAGCCUUAUAGUAUAGUUUGAAGUUGGGUAAUGUGAUGCCCUGGGCUUUGUUCUUUUUGCUUAGGAUUGCUUUGGCUAUUUGGGCUUUUUAUUGGCUCAGAAUCAGUUUUAGAAUAUUGUUUUCUGUUUGUUUUGUUUUUGUUAGUAGAUGCUGUGCAUGCAAAAAUAGUUUUUCCUAAUUCUGUGAAGAAUGUCUUUGGUAGUUUGAUAGGAAUAGCAUUGAAUCUGUACAUUGCUUUGGGUAGUAUGGCCAUUUUAACAAUAUUGAUUUUUCCUAUCCAUGAGCAUAGAAUGUUUUUCCAUUUGUUUAUGUUGUCUCUGACUUCUUUGAGCAGUGUUUUGUAAUUCUUGUUGUCGAGAUUUUUCACCUCCCUGAUUAGCUGUAUUUUAUUCUUUUUGUGGCUGUUGUGAAUGAAAUUGUGUUCUUGAUUGGGCUGUCAGCUUGGACAUUAUUGGUGUAUAGAAAUGCUACUGAUUUUUGUGUAUUGAUUUUGUGUCCUGAAGCUUUGCUGAAGUUAUCAGAACUAGGAGCCUUUGGGUAGAUAUUAUGGGUUUUUCUAGCUAUGGAAUCAUAUAGCCUGCAAUGAGAGAUAAUUUGACUUCCUCUCUUCCUAUUUGGAUGCCUUUUAUUUCUUUCUCUUGCUUGAUUGCUCUGGCUAGGACUUCCAGUACUGUGUUGAACGGGAGUGGCAAGAGUGGGCAUCCUUGUCUUAUUCUGGCUGUCAAGGGAAAUGCUUCCAGCUUUUGCCUGUUGAGUAUGAUGUUUGCUGUGGGUUUGUCAUAGAUGGCUCUUAUUAUUUUGAGGUAUGUUCCUUCGAUGCCUAGUGUGUUGAGGACUCUUAACAUGAAGGGAUGUUGAAUUGUAUUGAAAGCCUUUUCUGCAUCUGUUGAAAUUUGAAAUGAUGAUGAAGUUUUUGUUUUUAGUUCUGUUUAUGUGAUGGAUCACAUUUGUUGUUUUGCAUAUGCUGAACCAACCUUGAUUCAACAAAUAAAGCCUACUUGAUCAUGGUGGAUUAGCUUUUUGAUGUGCUGCUGGAUUUGGUGUGCUAGUAUUUCAUUUAUUUUUACAUCUGUGUUCAUCACGGAUAUUGGCCUGAAGUUUUCUUUCUUCAUUGUGUCUGCCAGGUUUUGGUAUCAGAAUGAUGCUGGCUUCAUAGAAUGAGUUAGGGAGGACUCCCUCCUUCUUGAUUUUUUUGGGAAUACUUUCAGUAGUAGGAUUGGUACCAGCUCUUCUUUAUAUGUCUGGUAGAUUUUGGCUCUGAAUCCAUCUGGUCCAGGGCUUUUUUUGGUUGGUAGGUUUUUAAAUUACUGAUUCAGUUUUGGAACUCGUUAAUAGGUCUGUCCAGGGUUUCAAUUCCUUCCUGGUUCAAUCUCGGGAGAUUCCAUGUUUCUAGGAAUUUAUCCAUGUCUUCUAGGUUUUCUAGUUUGUGUGCAUAGAGAUUGAACUUGUAUUUUCUUUUUUUGUUGUUGUUUUGUUUUUGUUUUUGAGACGGAGUCUUGCUCCGUCCCCCAGGCUGGAGUGCAGUGGCGCCAUCUCGGCUCAGUGCAAGCCCCGCCUCCCAGAUUCACACCAUUCUCCUGCCUCAGCCUCCCGAGCAGCUGGGACUACAAGGCGCCUGCUACCACGCCUGGCUAAUUUCUUGUAUUUUUAAUAGAGACGGGGUUUCACUGUGUUAGCCAGGAUGGUCUCGGUCUCCUGACCUCGUGAUCCGCCUGCCUCGGCCUCCCAAAGUGCUGGGAUUACAGGCGUGAGCCACCACGCCCGGCCUGAACUUGUAUUUUCUGACUUCUGCCACAGCCAUCUCCCUCCAGUAGAAAAGAUACGAUAUACUCCCAGUCAUUUGGAGGUGCUAAGAAACAUAACCUUAUUGUUUGUUUGCUAAUGGAAAGGAAUUGAAAUUUUUUUUUAUUAUAGAGCGAGCUGUAUUCCAGUGUAGUAAGUAACCUACAGACUGUCUUACCCUGGGCAGAUCUGCCAGCACUAAAAACUACAAUAAACAUUGCUUAAAAGAAUUUUACAUGAUACAACCAAAUACACAAGCACACACACACAAAAAAUUUGUCCGUUAGUUUGUCUUUUUCCUUUCUACCCUUUGUUUCUCAGCUGUCCUCCAGGAAUGCUUGACUCUACCAGUAUUUGGCUUAAAAUGAGAAACCUUUGUCUGUACCUUUGAUGUUUGUUUGCACAAAAAUCAAUAACCUGGCUUUCCAUUAAAAUAGUCCUUAAAGAAGCUAGUUUGUGGGGUCUUUGUUAACUUGUGCAAAGCAUACAUUUUUGAUGGUUUACUUUAAAAAAAAAACUAAAUAGUUUGUCUUAUACUUUAGUAUUUUGGUUUUACUGGUUUUAUGUAGUGAGGGACCCCGUUCCAUAAAUGUAAGGAUUUUUGAAGGAUCCAGGUCCAUUUAUUAAUCUGUAUCUUUUUAAAGCAUUUUAUGAGCAUCUGUUAAAUUGAAAAUAUUUAGCUUUAUGAUUAUAUUAAGGCUUGAAAAUUGUCCAGUCCUAAAGUGUAUUUUCCUUUUUUAGUUUUUUUUAGUUAGUAUAGACACUGACUUUUCAUUCUCCCCUUGCUUCCGCAUGUCCCUGUGAGAUCAGGGGUUUUGUUGUGCCAGUAGAAGCUCCCUUAUCACCUUUUGUGUAGAGGAGCCUCUGGGGAGAAAGAAAUGCCCUGAAAAUGGUUUGUGGUACAAUUUCAGGUUUAAGAAGCUCGCUCCCAUUUGGCGUUUCCCGUGGAUGGCUGAACUGCUCCAAGAACAUUCCUCCAGUUAUAGGCAUUUUGUCGUUUUUCCUUUUGGGAAAUACUUUGUGUGUACCUUUAUUAUGGGUUUUGAUAGUGGAGCUGAGAGGCCCCGAGUAUUGGGAUUGGAGCCACAAUUUCUUCUCUUCUUUGUAUC